GAUGGUACUUUAUUAAGUGUAAGAGAGUAGCGCGCGCGAGCACGACUUCAAAAAAAAAAACGCGAUCACUUUGAGUAAUCCGUCUGUCGCCGGGCGAUGAACUGUAACUUUUACUUGACUUGGAACUUUUCCGCGAGGCUAAACUGUGAUAUCUACUAAAGACGGGUGGAUACUUCUUCGGAGUUCUUUUGAACCAGUGUAACAGUGACUAGUCAUUUCUAUGGUUUUAAGUCCCUACAAUACCUUUAAGUGAAAAUGGAUAGCAGCUUCUCCAAUCGAAGAUCCGUUCAUCGGAGCAUAUCGUUGCUGCUGAAAGAUAUCGACGAAAUGUCUCUCAAGGACGUUGGUUCGUCCAACCAGGGCCUAGACGGGGAGGACAACGGCACUUCCAGUACGGUCCGGAUGGAGGAGGUCGAUCUUACCUUAGACACAAGCCUGGCGUGCUACUCGCUGGCCGAUGAGUACGACGAAAAUCUGGGCUUCUCCGAUUCCAUCACCAUCGUAUCGAUGGGUGGCGAAGGUCCGGUGCUGGUCCAGCGGAAGGAUUGCGAUGCCGAAAGUGUGGCACCGGAUUCGGAAAUUCCCUAUACCUAUGCCUACAAUCCACCAGUGAAGUUCAACUCGAUGCACAGGAACAUUUUCAUUCCGGGCCUGGAGAUCAGUGUUGAAAUCGUAGACUACGAGCGUAGCUUGACCGCACAUAUCCUUAACCCAAAUCUAUAUACGAUCAAAUUCACCCACGGGCAGUUUACGUGGACCAUCAAGAAGCGGUACAAUCAUUUCCGCAACCUACACCAUCAGCUGACCACUUUCCGGGCAUCCCUUAACAUUCCUUUCCCCACAAAAAGCCACAAGGAACGAAGGACCAGCUUCCGGAACAUUCACAACGUUCAUCAGAGCACGGCUUCGCCUAUCAUGCAGUCGAAGCUGGAGAAGCCGCACAAGAAGCGCAAGAAAAAUGCACUGCCCCGGUUUCCGCUGAAGCCUGAUUCGCUAGUGACGUUCGAUGCCAUCCCGGAGCGGAAGCGCCAGCUCGAGGAGUACCUGUACAAUUUACUGAACAUUUCUCUCUACCGAAACCAUCAGGAUACGAUUAACUUCCUGGAGGUGUCGCACAUCUCGUUCAUAUCGGCCCUCGGCGAGAAGGGCAAAGAAGCACUGGUCAAGAAGCGAACCGGAUCCACUCGUGCCGGACAGGCCGGGUUCGAUUGUUGUGGUUGCUUGACGGCCGGAUGCUGCGUCCGAUGUAGCUACUUCUGUUCCGAGGUAGUUUGGAGCAAAUGGCGAAAUCGAUGGUUUUUCGUCAAAGAAACCUGCUUCGGCUACUAUCGACCCAAGGAUGGGGUUCUGCGUUGCGUGGUGCUAUUCGAUCAGGGUUUCGAUAUUUCUUCCGGUAUGUACAGUACCGGAAUGCGCAACGGGCUGCAAAUCGUGACCAAUUCGAGGUACGUGGUCGUCAAACAUCCCACCCGAAGAACGGCCAAAGAGUGGAUGCAGUUCAUGAAGCGAGUAGCUAACGAUACGGCUAGGGAUUUCACCUUACCCAACCCCCAUCAGUCGUUCGCUCCGAUUAGACCAGGAAUGCAGGCCGGAUGGUUGGUCGAUGGUGCUAGCUAUAUGAGUGCCGUGGCCGAUGCCCUGGAAGGUGCUACCGAGGAGAUUUUCAUUGCCGAUUGGAUGCUGAGUCCGGAAAUUCACAUGAAACGGCCAGCAAUCGAUGCCGAUUACUGGCGGCUGGAUAAGAUCCUGAAGCGUAAGGCGGAACAAGGAAUAAAGAUAUUCGUGCUGUUGUUCAAGGAACUAGAAAUUGCCCUAGGAAUCAACAGUUUCUACAGCAAACAGAAGCUGGUGGAGCAGCAUGAGAAUAUCAAGGUUCUUCGCCACCCGGAUCACGCCCGUGCCGGGGUCCUAUUUUGGGCCCACCACGAAAAGCUUGUGGUUGUGGAUCAGACGUAUGCCUUCGUGGGAGGAAUCGAUCUUUGCUACGGUCGCUGGGAUGAUUACAAACAUCGACUCACGGAUCUGGGUAGCAUUUCCAGCAGUAACUGCAGUUCGGCCAACAAUACAACGCUGCGGAAACCCUCUACUGUAUUGGAACUGGACGAAGGAGGUACGGUGGCCAGUUUACUCAGAGCUAGUAAAAACAUAGCGGAGUUGACCGCAAUCGAUACUGUUGAUAGAGUUGGCUUACCUAUUUUGGAACCUGGCGAUAGUUUGUUGAUUGGGGCGGCUCAGAAGUUGACAAAUGCCCAGGAAGCUCAAGAAACUUUGCCAGAGAACAUUAAGCAAGAUACACCUGAAAUGGAACGGAGAAAUAUUAUGGGCAAGAUCAAGGAUAUGGGUCGGGAUUUGAAGAACCGCAUUACUUCAACCGAAGUAGAUGGCAACCUUAGCAGUCCCGGGUAUUCGUCCGACGAGGAGAAGAAAAAGACGUUGGAGCCAGAGGCGACUCCGGUUAAGGCCAUAGAACCUAUGAACUCGGUACUUAGUCCAGCUCCCUUCAAAAGUAAGGUUGUGUUCGAGGUGGACGGCCAAGCAAAGUUCUGGAUUGGAAAAGAUUACAUCAACUUUAUUGUAAAGGAUUUUUCUAACUUGGAUAUGCCGUAUGUAGAUCUGGUGGAUCGAUCGUCAACGGUGCGGAUGCCGUGGCACGAUGUGGCCACCGUAGUUUUAGGUCAGGCAGCUCGGGAUGUGGCUCGACACUUCAUUGAGCGUUGGAACGCCAUCAAGUUGGAGAAAUGUCGAGAGAACGUCCAGUAUCCUUACCUGCUACCGAAAAGUUACAACGACAUCCGGAUCGAUCGGAACUUUCUGGAUGUUCCGCUGCAGCACGUGACCUGCCAGGUGUUGCGUAGCGCCUCCAGUUGGAACUGUGGGUUUAUCGAGCAGGAUUUGGUGGAGCAGAGCAUUCACGAGGCUUACGUACAAACUAUUUCUAAGGCUCAGCAUUACAUCUACAUAGAGAAUCAGUUCUUCAUCAGCUUGGAGUUUGGUAACCCAACUGUAAAAAACCAGAUUUCCGAGUAUCUGUUCAAGCGUAUCAUGAGAGCGUUCCGGGAGAAGAAGGUGUUCCGGGUGUACUUUGUGAUGCCCCUGCUGCCAGGUUUCGAGGGCGACGUCGGUGGAGCUUCCGGUAUCUCACUGAGGGCGAUCACCCAUUGGAAUUACGCUUCUAUUUGUCGGGGUAAAAACUCGCUGCUAUCCCGUCUGGUGAGCGCCGGUAUCCGGAAUCCGUUCGAGUACAUUUCGUUCCAUAGUUUGCGGACACAUUCCACCCUGAAUGGAAUCCCGGUAACGGAACUCAUCUACGUCCACUCUAAGUUGCUGAUAGCAGACGAUCGGGUGGUAAUUUGCGGAUCUGCCAAUAUCAACGAUCGCUCUCUGCUCGGGAAACGAGAUUCCGAAGUGUGUGUGAUGAUCACGGACGAAUCCUUCGAGGAAGGACGCAUGAACGGAGAAUCCUAUCCUUGUGGAAUCUACGCUGGUAAGCUGAGGCGCUACCUUUUCAAAGAACAUCUAGGCCUCUUGGAACCGGCACCGAAUCGAGCUCCGGUGGACAUUAGCGAUCCGAUCAUCGAAUCCUUUUGGAAUGGUGUGUGGCGCAGGACGUCACGCAAGAAUACCCGAUUGUUCGACGAAAUCUUCCGCUGCAUUCCGUCCGACAACGUUCAGUCCUUUGUGAUGUUGAAGAAGUUUCUGGAAGAGAAAAGCCUUGCCCAAACCGAUCCGGAGGGAACGCUUAAAGCGCUAGAACGGAUCGAAGGGAGCCUGGUUGAUUUGCCGUUGAAGUUUUUGUGCAACGAAAUCCUGACUCCUCCCGGGACCAGUAAAGAGGGCAUGAUGCCCACCUACAUGUGGACGUGAGCUGUUGGACAAAACUGUGUUUUUUAACCUUCGUUAUAGUAUUUAUUGUCUUUAAUUUUUUGAGAUUUUUUAUUAUCUUUAACCGUUGAGGAGAACAAAUGCCAUGUCGUACUUUUUCAUCUCAGAUGAACAUUCCGAAUGUUUUUGGAUAAAAAAAACAAACAAACAAAAUUAAUUUAACUACGAACAAGAUUCUAAAUCUGUACCUUAGCAUUGGAUCAUGAGAAAGUGUCAAUAAACGUUCUGUUGGGAAAUCGAAA